UACUUUUCACCUUCCUAAUUUAUAGUAGCCGCCUGGACUCACGAAUCACGCCUACUUUAGUUUAUCACUAAUCUAAUAAUAAUAGAAAUAUUUGUUUCUCCAACUUUUGCCUUUCAUCAAAAAUUCAUCACCCAAUUGUUUGACCCAAUUUUCAUUACAUCGUACAAUUCAAUAGCAUAAUAAAACCUUCUCUCUUUAAGUAACAUUAUUCUGUCUCGUAAAUUUUCAUUCUUCUUUGUUUCCCAAUUAUGAAUUUCAUCGAUAAGCAAUAAUCAAAUUCUGAAAAAUCCCUCAUGAUUAUGUGUAAAACGAAAAUGGCAGUUAAUGCUGCACAACCCAUUUCAACUCCAUCAAGAAGAACGCCCCGCUCUUCAACACAACAACAACCACAAUCUCAAUCUUCAACUUCUUCUUCUACUACACGACAACCUAAAUCCGGACCAUCAAACAGCAGCAACCGGGUCAGUUACACCUCCAAUUCCGGGUCCGGCUCGGGUUCCGAAUUCCACAUAGACACCUCGGUCGCUACAACAUCAGUUUCCAGCCAAGCAUCACUUUCCAGUCUCCGAUCAUCGUUACCAGAUAAUCCUCAAGUCUACGAUUUCUCCGAUAUUCGUGCUGCUACGAACAACUUCCUUGCUAAGCGCUACUCCUCCACUUCUUCCUCUCAAUCAUGGCGGUGCACGCUCUAUGGCAAAGAUGUAAUUAUCUUCCAACGAAGAAUUCAGAAAUCUAUGGAGAAAUCUGAAUUGAGAGCAAAAUUAUCAGUUAUUUGUAGAAGUCAUUACAAAAGUAUAAUCAAAUUACUCGGCGCAUCGAUUUCCCGCGAUCAAAUUUACUUAGUAUAUGAUUUUGUUGUUGGUUCUAACCUUUCUCUCUGCCUCCGAAACCCUAGAAAUCCUAGCUAUACGGUGCUUUCUACUUGGAUGUCCAGAAUGCAAAUCGCUACUGAUGUUGCUCACGGUUUGGAUUAUAUACACAGUACUACCGGUUUGGAGGUCGAUCCGGUUCACAAAUACGUAAAGAGCAGUGGAAUCAUCGUCACGGAGCCUUCGUUUAACGCAAAAAUUUGUCAUUUCGGUGCGGCGGAGCUUUGCAGUGUGACCGAAAGCAAAGUCGUGCCGGAGCAGAGAGGAUCGGCGACUAGGACUCGGGAUUUCGAAGGUGUGAGAGGUUACAUCUCUCCGGAGUUUCAGCUGACCGGAGUAGCAACACAGAAAUCCGACGUGUACGCGUUCGGAGUUGUGCUGUUGGAAUUAUUCUCCGGCGAAGAGCCGGUGAGGUUCAAGUACGAUAAAGCAACCGGAAACUACAGUAAAAUCUCCAUUAUAGAUACGGCGAGGGAGGUGGUUGAGUGCGGCGGCGAUAGGGAGGAAUACGGCGGCGUAGGAGUGGAGAACCGGUUGAGGAAUUGGGUGGACCGGCGGUUGAAUGACUCGUUUCCGGUCGAGGUGGCAAAGAAAGUAAUUCGGUUGGCGUUGGAUUGCUUACACGUGGAACCAGAUGAUAGGCCCGAUAUGCGACGGGUGGCGGGUAAGAUAUCGAAGCUGUAUUUAGAGUCCGAAUUUUGGACGGAUCGGGUCAAAAUGCCCACGGAAAUAUCCGUGUCAUUAGCACCUCGAUGAGAUUACUUGGAUUUUUAAUUUUUUUUAAACAAUUAUUUGGUGAAAUGUACUUUUCCAAGAGAAUACUUUGACAAAAAUCCACCAAUUAGUUUAAAGGAGAAUAUCUUUUAGGCUGUUAA